AUGAAAGUUUUUAAGGGAGAUAUUAAAUAUCCGAACAAUUUAGCGGGGGAGGGACGUGAUAUCUCACCUAUCCCUGAUAUCCUGCCACCAUCAUCACCCACUGCCUCCAACACCUCCACCCUUCCCUCCUCCACUCCUCCAAUAUACAGUCCUCCAACGGCCUCCCGAUCCUCCAGAAGCCCCUUUCGGCCCUCCGUACAGGAUCCUCCGACGGAGAGAACAAUUCCCGUUAAUAAAAUUGAAGGUUUGGGACGCCGGAGCAGUAACCCGUCGUCGGAAGGUUUAGCUUUGUCUCCGACCAGGGGAAGAACGAAGCCGGAGAAAGAGGAGAUGCAAAGGGGUCCGCCUCAGGUUCGGAAAAUCUCUCCAAGCAAAAUUCCAAGCCUUGAACCAAGUAUGAAUGAGUUCCGGCGAGCAGGCCGAAGAGAAUUGUCAGACAGCGGAAUCAUUCUCAAGUCUAGAGAUAAUACUGGACAUAGACAUGGAGGCAGUUUAGAGAGGGAGGUGAGACGGUUUAGGAUGAGUGGAAGUAUGGAGAGGGACGGGAGAAGACUGAGGGAGGAGGGAAGUAUGGAGAGAGACGGGAGAAGGAUUAGAGAAGGGAAGAGUACGGACAGAGAAGAUGGAAGUGUGGAAAGGGAGGGGAGAAGAAUGAGGGAGGAAGGAAGUAUGGAAAGGGAAGUUGGAAGACGAAGAAGCAAGAUACCGAUGGCUACAAAAUAUAUGACGAGGUCUGAAGAUGAGGAUGAUAAGGUUGAGGACGGAUUAGAGACUCUGUUAAAUUUAUUAGGAGGAGCUGCAGGGAGAGGAGUUGGUCGGGGAGGGCUGACCCAACUACCUCCUGAUAUAGUCUCAGGAACACCAACAGAUCCACUUCAGUACUUGUCCCAGUUAGAAUUAGUCGCCAGGAAACUUAAGGAUCAGCUCAUUAAACAGAAACAGGAUGACCUGCCAGCCCCUAGACCUAAGCCUAUAAAUGAGUCUGAAUGUUAACCUGGUGAAAAAUAGGGAAUAUUUGAAUAUUUUUAUUUUUAUAGUUUUCAAUUGUUUUUAUUUAAAUGUUUAUUAUUGUUAAAAUUCCUAUGUAUAUAAAAGUUGUAAUUAUCUAGUAUACAGAAUUAAUGUGCAAUAUAAGGAAAGUUUUAUUAAAAUUUUAUUAACUAUGAAUUGUAUACCCUAAUUAUUACUGUGAUAUUUUCCUGUAAAUUAGAAAUGAAUGUACAACAUGUCUUAUAUGUACUGCAUUUUUUUUAUGUACUACAUGUCUUAUAUGUACUGCAUGUAUUACAUGUACUGCAUGUAUUACAUGUAAUGUACUGCAUGUAUCACAUUUACUGAAUGUAUUACAUGUACUGCAUUAAUUACAUUUACUGCAUGUAUUACAUGUACUGCAUGUAUUACAUGUACUGCAUGUAUUACAUGUACUGCAUGUAGUACAUGUACUGGAUAUAUUACAUUUACUAAAUGUAUUACAUGUACUGCAUGUGUUACAUGUACUGCAUUAAUUACAUGUUCUGCAUGUAUUACAUGUACUGCAUAUAGUACAUGUACUGCAUGUAUUACAUUUACUUAAUGUAUUACAUGUACUGCGUGGAUUUUAUGUACUGCAUGCAUAUACAUUGAUUUUCAUACUUCAUUAUAUUUGCCUAUUUAGAAGCACAUAAGUGUUUUGAUCCCAAUUUUUAUACCUAUUCCCGGUUUUAAUAAACGUGAACUUUUA